UAUUUUUUCUAGAAAUACGUCACACAGAGGGUCACAGAAAAACAAGAUUUACGUUCGAUGAUUAACCAGUUUUAAGAUGACUAUAAAGCCAAUUUUAAGUCAGAAACCUGGCAAACACGACAAAAAAGACAUUCAAGACUCUCAAAAUCAUAAUUUAAAUCCCCAUCGUGUCUGCAUAAAUCAAAUAUCAGCUGCGAAAAGUCCAAGCCCACAACGCGAAUCAAAACCACAAUCCAGAAGUCGUCGUAGUCCACACAAAAGAAACAAAAGAGACGUUCGUGAAAAAUGUAAAAGUCCAGUGUAUCAAAUUGAUUGCGCAACUUCAUGUUCAAGUCCACAUAGUACAGCUGGAAAAUCACCAAAAUCAACUCACAGCGGUGCUAGCUCGUCAAAUAUAAACAACAACAGUACGGCCAGCAAUCUAAAUACGUUAAUUGAGGAAACAUUUUCUGGCUAUAAUUCGGGCGAUGAACAUAUUGGACCAAAAGAUGCCAAUCUAUCGCCAGAUGAAUGGGACAGUCGGGAUAAGGCGUUUAUAAAAGCAAUGUCAAAGGACCGCGGAUUUCAGAUACAGGAAAUUGUGGAAGAUGGAGCAUGUUUAUUUAGAUCAAUUUCAUUGCAAAUAUAUGGCGAUCAAGACAUGCACCAAGACAUACGACAACAAACAAUGGAUUACAUUUACAAGAAUCGUGAAUACUUUGCCCAAUUCGUAACGGAAGACAUUAACAAUUAUGUGUCACGGAAACGUAACAAUCAUGUGCACGGUAACCACAUCGAAAUUCAAGCAAUUUCAGAAAUUUACAAUCGACCCGUCGAAUUAUAUUGCUACGGAAUGGAACCAAUCAACAUCUUCAAUUCCGAUCAAAUGAAGAAUGGUUGUGAACCGUUGCGAUUGUCGUAUCAGCGAGGAUCUCAUUACAAUGCAAUUCUGAAUCCGUACAAAUUUUCUGUUGGCGAAGGAUUGGGCCUACCUGGAUAUAGAGCUGAUGAACCCGACCAUAGACAAUUGAAGGAUGCUGUUCGAUUGAGUGAAGAUUUAGAAAUCGAGCAGACAAUGUUUGAGGACAAACUGAAAACAACCGAUUGGGAAGCAACAAACGAGGCAAUUGAAGAACAAAUAGCACGUGAAUCCUAUUUACAAUGGUGCCGGGAUGUGCAAAAACAACCACAAAAACAAUUAGGUACAAGCAGUUCGACAGUUACCUCAUCGGAAAUAAAGGGCAAUCAAAGCGAAAAAUCACCGAACCGUUCGAGUGGUGAGAGUUCAUUCGAUUCGGAGGAACAGUUUCCAUCGGAUGAGGAGCAUGGUGACUAUGGUGCCUGUUCAAGUUCCAGUCAGAAACCAGAAGAUUUGUUCUACCUGCAACAUGGCCAGAGACGACGCAAGCGUAAACGAACUGCUGUGUCAGUUUGCAGUGGUACAGCCGGACCAUCGACAGAAGCGGCAGCAUCAGCAGCAUCAAAGGAUUUCAAUUCAGUUGGUAAGAAUGUGAAAGUAUCACGUCGAAAUACUGUCGAACAUGUGCAACCAUCAGAUCAAAGCGGUGUUCCCGGCCCAUCGAAAUCAAGUCCGGUUAAAGAGGCGCCAAUGUCGGAUUUCUAUCAGUCGUUACUUGAGUCGUCAUAUUCACCGGACUAUACGGAUUUCGGCGAAAUGACUGAAGACAAAAUGAUGCAGAAAGCUUUACAAAUGUCACGAAUGGACUUUAUGAAGCAGUGGCAGCAACAAAAAACCGAUUCGGAUCCACCUUCCCCAUGAAAAAAUUUAUUAGAUUCGUUCUGUUUACUUUGGACAGGCGUCAAGAAGUGAAGGGUAUACUCAUACCAACUCUAUUUUUUUCCAUUUAUCAAUUCCCUUCGUUAUUUUGACUUUGAAUUUUAUUUUUCGUUUAUUGCAUACACGAACUCUAAAAUUAAUCGAUUAUAUUCGCUUAUAUUGGGAAACUGUAACAAUUUGAAAUUUCUAUAUGCAAAUUCAUCAAAUGAGAAAAUCCUAUUCCUUUUUUUUGUUAAUUGAGGCAAAUUCAUCCUUUUCUUUAUCGAGAUGCAAUUCAUCAAAAAUCAAUAUAUACCAUCAUAAUGCGACAUAAAGUAUCAUGAAAAUAUAUAUACUCCUUUUCAAUGAA